UAUUUUCUACCCUUGUCACCAAUUCUCACAAAGGCACUCUCCUCAAUCUACCGACUUUUUGCACAUGGCUCCUUUUCUUGGUAUCAUUGUAACCCUCUGUGGACUUACAGGAACUCAUGGCAUCACUACAGUGAGUGAAGGAGUCUCCGUGGAAGUAGGGGCCACGGUUUCAAUUCCAUGUCUCUACGAACUGAGCCAUAAGAACCAUGUUAAGUACCUUUGUAAAGGAAUGGAUUGGAGAUCUUGUUCUGUAGAAAUCAAAACCAAGUCCGAGAGUAGUUCUCCAGAAGGCCUGUACACAAUCUCUGAUUACCCGAACCAAGGGGUCUUCACCGUCACCAUCAAAAGCCAAAAGGAGGGAACGCAAUACUACUGGUGUGCUGUGAACAUGGGAAUCUGGCCGGAUGAGAAAACUGAUUUCAAACUAGAAGUGUCCAAAGGCAAGUCCAGUCUGUAUGUGGAUCAACAGGAAAUAACAGGAUUUGCGGGAGAUAGUAUAAAUAUCCGUUUUUACUCUAAAACACACGGCAAACCAGGAUGGUGCGAACUGGGCCACUGCAAGGAGCCACAGGAUGGCUUUAUUGAAGGUUCACAAUACUCAAUUGAUGCAAGGAAACAAGGUGUUUUUGUGGUGACUAUGAAAGACCUAGAAAUGGAAAGCAGUGGUUGGUACAUUUUUUUCCAAGGAAAACUAAAUAUGCCAAUACAUCUUACCGUUGCCGUAAACCCAACGACAACGAAUACUGGAACUCAUGGCAUCACUACAGUGAGUGAAGAAGUGUCCGUGGAAGUAGGGGCCACGGUUUCAAUUCCAUGUCUCUACAAACCGAGCCAUAAGAACCUUGUUAAGUACCUUUGUAAUGGAUGGGCUUGGAGUUCUUGUUCUGUAGAAAUCAAAACCAACUCCAAGUGUAGUCCUCCAGAAGGCCUGUACACAAUCUCUGAUGACCCGGACCAAGGGGUCUUCACCGUCACCAUCAAAAGCCAAAAGGAGGGAACGCAAACCUACUGGUGUGCUGUGGAGAUGGGAUUCUGGACACCGGAUGCGAAAACAUAUUUCCAACUAUUAGGGUCCAAAGGCAAUUCCAGUCUGUAUGUGGAUCAACAGGAAAUAACAGGAUUUGCAGGAGAUAGUAUAAAUAUCAGUUUUGACUCUAAAAUACACGGCAAACCAGGAUGGUGCAAACUGGGCCACUGCAAGGAACCACAGGAUGGCUUUAUUGAAGGUUCACAAUACUCAAUUGAUACAAGCAAACAAGGUGUUUUUGUGGUGACUAUGAAAGACCUAGACAUGGAAAGCAGUGGUUGGUACAUUUUUUUCCAAGGAAAACUAAAUAUGCCAAUACAUCUUACCGUUGCUGUAAAUUCAAAGACAACGAAUACAACAAACUCAACAAUGGUCAGCUCUUUGUCAGAAGUUGUGUCCGACAAAAAGAGUACAGACGUGGAACCUGACAAUGAACUUUGCAACGUAGCGAGUUAUUCCAUUGAUCUGAAGAACCUGCUCAUGCUUUUGGGCAAAUCGCUUAUAAUUAUAUUAGUGCCCCUGUUGAUUUGGUGGACAUUCUACAGACAUGCCAAAAGCAAACAUGCAGCAAUGACAGUAAGAUUAAGAGAUACAUUUACUUUUGCUAUUUCUUCUUUCAUUCAGUCAUCCAUUAUUUCUUUCCUUCCUUUUUAUAAGUUUCUUCCUUCAUGAAGUAUUUUCCAUUUUCUUUUUUGCUCUUUCAUCCAUUCACCAAAACCUGGAGGUGGAUGACAAUGUGACAUAGUGUUCCCAAACCAAGACUGCUGCAUGGUAUUAUAAAUCAUCCACGGCAUUCACCAUUCUUUGCAUCAUAGUAUAGUAUGUCACUAUGUAUGUAUUGUGUACGCAAUAUGAUUAUAGAUGUGUCCUCCCUGUAAACUAUCUAUGAAUGAUUCACUGGACUAGUAAUUAUUAACCAUUGUCGUCGUCCGUCCGUCCGUCCCCCACACACACACACACACACACACGCACACACACACAUACACACAUACAUCAACCGAAAACACACACACACACACACACACACACACACACACACACACACACACACACACACACACACACACACACACACACACACACACACACACACACACACACACACACACACACACACACACACACACACACACACAAACAAACACACAAAUGCAGGAGCAAGGAAGAGUUUCUUCUUGAAACCCAAAAUAAUAGUAUAUCUUUUUUUUUUAGCUUGGAUUGUUUUUCAAUGUAUCUGAAGACAAUAUUUGCUAUUUCAAUGAUAGGGCUACAUCUUGCAAGUAAUCAGUAACUCAUAAGUUAUUAACAUAAGUACUUGACAACUUCACAUGCUAAGUGCUAAGAAAUGUAUGUAGGCCUAUUAAUAUUAUUUGCUUGUAUGCUACUUGUAAAUAAAUAAGCCAUGACCUGCUGUGUCCACCUAAUUGGGGUAUAAAUUGCAACGUGUAACCAGUUUCAAAAUAAAGCCUUUCUAUUCUACUCUGCUAUAUUCUACUGAACUAUAUUCAAUAUGUAACUGCAUAUUUGUCUUAUGAUCAUAUGGUAAUUAAAACAUUUGGUGAGUGUGCUUUGCUAAUCCCCCCCCCCCCCCGAUUAUCUUAACCUGAUUGUUAUGUAACACAUAUUAUCAACGUUCUUCACGAUGUGUCAAAUGUUAAAAUGUUUGCUUCGAAGUCAACAAUCAUGUACAAGGAAACCACACAGAGGAAGGAAAUGAUAUGAGGAAGGUAAUGUCAAGCUCCGACAUGAAUCCAUUUUUUAUUCAAGUUGUUUGCCUGAUGGUUAUACAAGAUGCAAACAACAGCAGCAAAAAAUAAAUAAAGGUAAUUGACAGUUGAAAUACAAUAGGAAAAUAUAAAGAGUAUGGAUAAGGAGAAUAGCGACUUCACAUGCCAUAUUUAAUGGGCCACUUUCAUUCUUCAAUUGAAUGUCAUUUUCUUUGCAUUUUGUGUGACCCUUAAAAGCUAUUUAUAUUUCAAGUUUCAAUUUCAAUGUACCUUGAGUGUGUAUAUUUGCCUCCUUUCAAAAUACUGAUUGCUCUGAUGUGCUUUUUUGC